UUAAUUUUUAAAAAACAAUUAAAAAUAAUUAACAAAGUAAAAAAUACUAUAAAUAGAAACUGUACUUAAUAUAUUGGUAUUCAUUUCCAACAAUGUCGUUACCAAUGUAUAUGGUUUACGCCAUUUUGCUGCUUUUCAUUGCAGGGCAAACUCAACAAUCACUGAACAUUCGAGUAAAGAUUAAAGACAUAAUAUCUGGAAAAUCCUUAGGAGUUAAUACAACAGAAGAUGGAAGGAAUGCAGUGUAUGCGGACGACGGAUUACAAUAUUAUGAUUGGAUACUUGAACCUAAUUGUCAUUCAGAUUCCGAAACGGCAUCGUACCGUGUGCUCCUAGCCGACAAUGUAGACUUUAAAUGGGAUCACGAAUACGGAUGCCGCCGUAAAAAUACUGACUUAGUCAUUUACAACAUAGGGUCGCUUACAAGCUUCCACAACUACUUUGUCUACUUUGAAGAACUUCGCACUAUCCACGUCUGUGAUGACAACUGUAUUUUUGUCGACCCCACUACCAAACAAGUUAAAUCAUCCCAGGAAUGUAGUACAAAAAAGUGCGCCCAAAACAAAUUUGACAUUUUAUUUCAGGAACUUAAGGAACCCACAUCGACUUCAAGCUUGAAUUUAGAUUGUUUCGAUUAACCUUCGGAGUACGAAGACUGGGUCAAGCGUGACCCGAAAUUCAGGUAUUUCUUAAUAUUUUAUGAAAUAAUUUUUUUACAAAUCCGAUUGAUCGUAAGUUCUCCUUAUUUGUUUCAAUCUAUUUUUUCGUAUAUAAUUCGUGAACAUGCAAAUUGCAGUUUUUCCUCUACGUAACAUCUAUGAUGCCGGGUCAGUCCUGACCCGGUCUUCGGAUUUCGAAGAAUAUUUUCAAUGUGUUUGUAGGUACACGUAAAUCGCAGCCGUCUCUGUUUACGGGUAGACGUACAGUGGAACCCCGAUAAGUCGGCCUCCGAUAACCGGAAGUCCGGCUAACCCGAACCGAUUUUCAUCAGACAAAACAAAAAUUUUUUCACUUUGAAUAAGUUUUUUACCAAGAAAUAAACAAUACUGUAUACAAUUGUACGUAAUUUAGAUGUAUUGUGCAUAUUUUAUGUACUUCAUGUUUUUGCAAUUAUAAUGGAGUUUAUCUGUAAGUAUACCGUGUUUUAUUAAUUUUUACUAUAUUCUCCGGUUAACUCGGAUUUUCGAUAACUCGGAGUCUCGAUUAAUCCGACUUAUCGAGGUUCCACUGUAUUCAAAUAUAUGGCCGGAGCAAAUUUACCUAUGCCCGUUUUCUGUAAGGUAUUAAAAUCUGGCCGCCGGAGCGAACUAGUAUAUGCCCAUGAGUAAACAUCUUAAAAAAUUUAAAUACAAUAAUUUAGGAUUUUCUUUGUUUUUUGUUGAAUUAAAGAUACUGUUUAAUAAUACCGACUAUUUAAAACAUCCUUAUAAAUAAAAUGAGAAUGGGUCACGCUUGACCCAUCUUCGUAAUCUAAGUAAGUCAAAUAAUCUCCGUACUCCGAAGGUUAAUAUAAUAACAUAAUAAAACAUGAAAUAAGAGAA